AUGAGCUUGCGAACGCACUGGAUAUGCAGUCACUUCGUCCUCUCGUGCAAGAAGGCGGAAGACUCGGCUCACUUUCCCAGAGGCCAAAAGUUUCCCAUGCAGCCUAGUUGGGGCUGCCCUACUUUGGGCAGUGUGGUCACCCGCAUGCGUCUGCAGAACAGGGUCACAAAAUCGAUGUCGGUCUCAGGCCGAGGCAAUGCUAUGGCAAUUGAAUCGAGUAGUCGUCACCACAGCGACCUCAGGAGUGUAUGCGACAUGGGGCGACCGCGAUGCUCUUGUCUUGUUUCCGUUUCGACUUCAUUUCCAACUGGCCUGGAUAGCAGGUUUUGGGUGAAAUUGUAUGAGGCAGAGAUAAGCCUCGUCUGA